CCAGCCAUUCCGUGCAUACUACUCGAAGCGGUCGCCAUUGCUAGGGAGUUAACUCGUCUACUAGGUGCGACUAGAAAACGCUUCCCAGUUCGAUUCUCGGGUCCCCCAGCCGUAGGAGAAUCAGAAAAAAACUAUUUAGUGAUUUCACUUCGUGAAUUCGGAUAUUUCCCGCUGUGUAAAGCGUUAUUAUAAUUGGAAUAUUUUCGGCGUCGAGUGGCGACAAGCCACGACGAGCGGAAAGAAUGUCGCGACCCGCGACGCUCAUCGCGACUGACCAAACGGUGUUAUGUGGAAAUCUGUUGACUGCUACAGCAGACCCGCUGCCGCCGCGACUGACACCCACGGGGAAGAUCAGCCACGCAAAGACCCGGGUCUACACGCAACGCUACAGGAAGGAAUGGGAACAGAUGGACGAUUUUAAAGGAUGGUUGACUUCUGUACCAUUUCAACAGACUCGUGCUUAUUGCAUGUACUGCAAAAAGAAUCUACAUGCGCAUCGCCUAUCGCUGCUGAAGCACACAUGUACCAUGAAACAUCAACGUGCUGCUCUGGCACACGAGGCAGAAGAAAAGAACAGGCAGAGGUUAGACUCUGGUGCACCCGAAGUGGGUCUCAUCGAAGAAGUCGAGACUAUGGAUGAUACAUUAGACACAACGGAGGAAAACGAAGAAGAUAUUGAAUACAUCGUCGAAAGACUGGAUACGGACGACGAAGACAUGAUAGAAACUCAAGAUGUCAAAGGCAAAGCUGGUGAAUUAGCUGGUGAAGAGGAGGAGGAGGAGGAGGAGGAGGAGGAAGAGGAGGUGGUGGAGGAGAAAGAGAUAGACAACAAUUUUUCUGCACAGCUACAGUCUGACGAGGACGCUAAACCGGUGAUCAAGAAGAUCAAACUGAUGCACGAGGAAAAAUGCCGAGACGCAUUGGCUGAGGCGAUGACCCACGUUCACGACGAGUAUCUCGAGGAAGAAGUUGGCGAUCAAGAGGGAGUGCAGAUGGAAAUGGUGGUGGAGGAACCAGUUAAUGCUAAUGAGGGCGAAAAAGGUGAUCUAGUCGAAGGCGCCUCGUUGCCGAUACUGGACACUGUUUAUCAGGCGAACAACUCGUCGGCACCAGCUGAGAACGCAAUUAAUUUUGUCCCGAUCCCACCUAAUCUGAAGACUAAUCACAAGACCGUGACUGUACAAUGCGGCAGUAAGACAUUUACGUUAACCGGUGGUACAUUUCAGCCGGGCACGCAGUACAUAUUGACCAAGCUUAAGGGUAAAUCAGCCACGUUGCUAAUGACUGAUCAGAAAAAACCUACCGCUAAUGAGUCGGAUAAGAAUAAAGCGCUGCAAGCAGAGUCAACUGUUUCAACUAAUAGUAAUCAACCGAUUGUUGCUGGCAGCAGCCAACAAUCGGUGGUUACUGUCGAUACCAAUCAACAGAUGGCUGGCAUGAAAGGAUUGUCAUCUAAAAAGAUUGGUGUAGGAAAAUUGCCAACGAAACCCAAUGCAUCAAAAAAAUUGCGCAUCUCGACGUACGUUGUGGAUAAUACUAAAGGCCUGCCAAUUAGUGGCCUGCAAGUCAGUUUGUACAAACUGAUGGACGGAAAAUGGACCUUUUUGAAUGAGAGCAAUACGAAUAUGAACGGCUUCUGCACCGAUUUGGUAGAAAAGGUCAACUGCACGACUGGUCGUUACAAGCUACACUUCAACGUUGAUAAGUAUUUCACGUUAAGAAGAGUAGAGAGCAUGAUCCCAUUUGUCGAAUUUGUAUUCGACGUGAAAAAUACGAACAGUCACUAUCACAUACCUCUUUUACUGAGUCCAUUUAGCUACACGAUUUAUCGUGGCAUUUAAGAUUUUGCAUAUGAUAGAUGAGAGUUCAGAGAGAGACAGAUAACAUAGAAAUUACGCAGUGCGGUCCAUAAUUUUUUAGAUAAAGUUCAUAUAAAGUAAAACGCUCACGAGAAUUAUAUAGUCUAUGGUCUAUCUUUAUAUCUUUGCUAUAGUCGAUAUGCUGUUGAGCUCUCGAUUCUAAUUGUAUUAUAAUAGUUGAAAACUCUUCUUUCGUAAUAGUCUUCAGUUGAUUGGUUACGGCGGUUUCAGUGUUGGAAAUGUCGUUGAAUCUUUGACCUUUCAAUUGCAAUUUUAAUUUUGAGAAUAAAAAAUACUUUGGAGAUGAUAAGUCAGCUGAGUAGGUUGAGUGAUUUAACGUUACUUGGUUUUGAUUGCAAUAUAUUGCUCUUUUUUUGAAUAUGUAUAUUGAGUAUGUAUAUUCUAAACACACAUAUCACAAAAUAAUAAUGUAUUCAAUCACCGUUGACAAUUCAAAUUAGUCAUACAGUUAAGAUAAAGACAAAGGUUAUGGGAACAAAUGGAAGUUCAAAUGGAAAUGACUAUAUGACAUUAAUAUGGUUAUAAAAAUAUUAAUCUCUUAAGCUUAGCAUAACAUUAUAUUCAACGAUCGUGUUGAAGGGCGAGGAAUCGUUUUUCAAAUUUAAUAUUAAUUGCUUUUUAAGAUUAUCAAAGUUUUGAAAUUAGUAAGAGUUUGAGGCUUGCUUUGACUCCGUCAUGGGUCAUCUGACAUGGCUAUCGGGAAUGGCCUCAUAAUAUUUAAUAUAAAAUUAGAAGCGUGCAUAAUGUUUUUGAUUGAGAAAUAUUAUAGCCAAAAAAAGUUUUUUUGGCCUUAAAUUUAAAAAAAAACUUGCACACAUGUACUGAUUACAUUGACGAGAACAAUAUCAAUUAAUCAAGUUUAUUUUCAGCUUUCUCCGAGAAAGGAACUUGAUUUACAUUUACAUUGUCCUUGCCAUCAAACAUCCAUCCACACUAUUCCUAUACCGCCUGUUCUCAUUCACACAGAUAAAAACCUUACCACCUACUACCUAUACAUUUAUAUCUUAUCUCAUUUAUUGCAAUGUACACACCUAUCUAUCAACUGUAUCUGUCCUAUCUAUGUUAUCUGUUAGAGAAAUAUAAGUAAUGUUAGUUUUAGUUUGAAACUAUUUUGUAUCUGCAGAGUGCACUAGAUCAUAUAAGCUAAUUUUUAUAGCGUUGUAUAUCAUAUGUUUCAAAUAGAGAAAAAAAAAGAAACAAAAGAAUAGUUUCAGAAUUGGACCGCACUGUAUUGUAAGAAUAUUAGUUUAUUGUAAGAAUAUUUUUAUAUGUUAAAAUGCUUGUAAUUACGAAUCAGGCAUUGCAAUGCAAAAACGAACUUAUAAAUAUACGAUAAAUUUGCAUAAAAGAUUAUAUUUCGUUGAUAGUUCUUGCGUUAAGAUUUUAGUAAGCUAAUUUUAUUUGCACUAUAUAAAUGUCUUGGGAAACACCUUAUUAAAUUAUAACUAAUAAAUAAAUUAACUAAUUAGCUGUUAAGAAUUAUUAUUUUGCUAUACCUAUAUAAAAUACAAAAUCAAAUCUUUUCGACAAUGUAUGUGAAUGUUAUUAUUACAAUUGCAUUAUAAAUCUAUGAUGAUGAAAGUGAAUUAUUCUUUUAGAUUGUGACAUGUAAAUAGUGCUACUUAUCAGUUUAUUAUUAUUUGUAACUGCGUAAUCAGGCAGUUAUUUCUUCUGAUAGCGAUAUAUCAAUGGAAACGAGAAACUUUAUUAAAUAAUUAUAAAUUAAGAGUUAAGAAUUAUUCUUAUUGUAUGUGAAAUAAAAUGGUGAGAAUUUGUACAUAAUAAAUUUCUAAGAAAAUUUACAAAAUUCUCGAUAUAAUCGAUAAAAUCUUAAUUCUAGAGAUGUAAGCAUAUCUUAUACUAUAUAGUUGUUACAUUUAUAAACAUAUUAAAAUUUUAUUCGUCUUU